AUGAGCCUGUUUACUCCUUUCGUUAGGAUUUCAAUCCUUCUUCUCAGUCGAAAGCUUUUCAUCCUCGCCGUCGGCAUCUUGGUCGCAGCGGACUUAGUUCGAGCACAACAACCGGUCGCCGAACUGGGUGGCUGGCCGCCCGGUGCUUUCACCCUCUUCGUCGGACUCUGGAUUGCAGCCCAGUCCGCUCUCCAGCGAAACUACGAUACUUCCUUUCCGCCAUGCACUCGGCCGGGGCUCCACCGCAUUCCGUACAUCAAGCGCCUACUAUGGGCGGGUGACACCGUGGGCCAGUCGGUGAACGUUCUGGUGCUGUCGUCGCUGAAGGCACCGAAGUGGAACCUACUGUCCGAGUACACCACCGACGACGACGAGCGGUCCGGCGUCUGGGAGUGGGACAUCCUGACCGUCUACAAGGCUGGCGAGUGUCCCACGGCGAAGUUCACGAAGAUGCCGCCCACAGAUCCUAGCGGGAACUUCAUCUACAAGAUGACGAUCGAGGCGCCGGCCACCUGUGGGCUCCAGAUUGGAAUCACCUUUACAGCGAAUCCAGCCGUAGACAUCGACGCCGCCACCACCGUCCUCUUCGACACGCUGUUCGACGUGCGAUACGCGUGCUGCCCAUGUGCCGAUCUUCUGCUGCUGCUGUGGCGAGGCCUGCAGAAUUACCAGGCGUCGUGGGUACUGCGACACGGCGAUGGCGACACCGCCGUCGCCACCGGCGAGCUCUACAGCUGCCAGAGGAUCGUGCAGGCGGUCAAGGACUACCGGGACUGGCCGAAGGAGGUUUUGAACUGGUCACACGGGGGGGACAAACUGCGGCUGUACGUCGAGAACCCGACCGACACGUCCGACGAGGCGGCACCGGGAUCUACCAUCCGCAACGAUAUAUUCCACGCCGGACAGUUAGUGGCGAUGCUCAUCUACGCCGAGAAGUUUCCGUGUGCGACCGCGGUUAACCCACUCAUCCCGUUGAUAUACCGGUGGAGCCAGGGACUGCUGCCGACUACCGACAACUUCCAGUUCAACCUACGCCUGUUCAAGAAAGCCGGUGCUCCACCGUCCCCGCCUGGUCUCGAAUCUGAGAAAGAAGACGAUGCUGCAGAAGAACCACUCCCGACAGCCCCGAUCAGGCGGUCGGAAGCCUUCGCUGCACCCCGACCGCCUCCCACACCCUUGAUGGACUGUACCAAGGACACGACUUGUUCAACGGCCUCCUCCCUCCCCAUCGACGACCAAGAGAAACUUCUAACCUACUACGAGAUCAACCUCUCUGAAGGCGAGAUCCAAAUCGACGGGGGCGGCUACCUCGGCUCGCAGCGAUACGCCUGGAUCUGGAGCACAGUGGUAGGCGGGAUGAUCGCUUUUUUCGUCGCGCUCGGCGGGACUGCGAACCCGAGUUUCGCCACGGCCAUGGGGCUCAGCUUCCUGCGGCCCUACAGCAAUGACGACAAUUACACGGACGCGGGCUCACCGCUGACAUGGGGGGGCCGGCGCCGGAUCCGGUGGAACGAAGACAAGGCGUGCGGCAUCUUCAGCGGGCAGACCAAUCUGCGCCUCGGAAAGACCGGCAACUCGCUACACCGCGGCUGCAUCUUUCUCGCGAUCAGCUGGGUGGCGUGGUGCUGGCGCAAUGAGCUCCGCACAGCCCUCGCCUUCAGCGAGCCCACGCCGGCCGCGACGUGGGUCAAGUGGGCCGCUGUCGCACUCGAGGUGCAUGCCGGAUUGUGGAUGUUCCUCGGCGCGUAUCUCUACUACGUCCGCCGGAUAUUCUCGGUAGUGGUGGUGAAUAUCAUCGCGGGGGUGCACGUGAUUGUCGUAGUGGUGCUGAU